AGCCCUUGGCUCCGCACAGUGCAGCCCAUGGCGUGGCUGCAGCAAGUGAGCGCGCGGCUCACUGGCCGUUCUGGUCCAGAAGAGGAGACCUCCAAGAGGCCCUCCACGUCUGGAGUUCCGGCACUGGAACGCCUUGGCCUUGGUUUUCUGAGACCGGCAUCGGCGGCAGAAGAUGAGGACCCACACCUGCCUCCCACUGACACCGUUCGAUCUGGAGCUGCGGUGGAUGGGGAGGCAGAGGCAUCGCCUCCACUUCCGGCGCCCCCAGCGCCACCAGCGGCAGCCGUCGCCUUUGGAAGCGGCCUGGAGAGCGUCAGCAGCCUAUUGGGCUUUAGAAGGGCAGAGGACCCCGGGCCCCUGAAGACAGACACGGCCAGAUCCGAAAAGGCGCCUCCCACGAGUGCAAGCCUCGGCCUCGAGAGUUUCAGCAGUCUUUUAGCCUUUUCCAAGGAACCUGAGAAGUCACCGGACGCCUUCCUUGCAGACAAGGCUUCUCCUGAACCGCAGCCUUUGCCGAGCUCUGCCUUUGGAAGCCUUGGUUUGGACCGUGUGGGCACUUUGCUGGCGUUUGGCUCGACCCUAGACGAGGACCCAACGACAAGGCCUCCAGCUGGGUCUUCGGAUGUUUCUCCUGAGCCAAAGCAGGCGCCUGGCUCUGCCUUCGGAAGCCUUGGUUUGGACCGGGUCAGCAGUUUGCUUCCGUUCAGCUCCCCACCUGCUGCGGAAGAGGACCCAGCGAAAAGGCAUCCAGUUGGCGCUGCUUCUCCAGAACCGCAGACCAUGCCUGGCUCUGCCUUUGGAAGUCUUGGCCUCGACCAUGUCAGCAGUUUACUGGCGUUCAGUGCCCCAUCUGCGCAAGAGGACCCAACGACAAGGCCUCCAGCUGAGUCUUCGGGUGUUUCUCCUGAGCCAAAGCAGGCGCCUGGCUCUGCCUUCGGAAGCCUUGGUUUGGACCGGGUCAGCAGUUUGCUUCCAUUCAGCUCCCCACCUGCUGCGGAAGAGGACCCAGCGAAAAGGCAUUCAGUUGGCGCUGCUUCUCCAGAACCGCAGACCAUGCCUGGCUCUGCCUUUGGAAGUCUUGGCCUCGACCAUGUCAGCAGUUUACUGGCGUUCAGUGCCCCAUCUGCGCAAGAGGACCCAACGACAAGGCCUCCAGCUGGGUCUUCGGGUGUUUCUCCUGAGCCAAAGCAGGCGCCUGGCUCUGCCUUCGGAAGCCUUGGUUUGGACCGGGUCAGCAGUUUGCUUCCACUCAGUUCCCCACCUGCUGCGGAAGAGGACCCAGCGAAAAGUCAUCCAGUUGGCGCUGCUUCUCCAGAACCGCAGGCCAUGCCUGGCUCUGCCUUUGGAAGUCUUGGCCUCGACCAUGUCAGCAGUUUACUGGCGUUCAGUGCUCCAUCUGUGCAAGAGGACCCCAGGAAAAAAGCAGCUGGACCUUCGGCUUCCCCUGAACCACAGCCGCCUGGCUCUGCCUUUGGAAGCCUUGGUUUGGACGUCAGCAGUUUGCUCGCGUUUGGCUCGACCCCUGCAGAAGAGGUUCCGCCGCCACGGCACACGCCGCCACAUGCCUCACGGCCGCCGGAGGAGCCACCCGAAGCCUUCGCCAGCCUGUUUGAGCAUGAUCCUUUGCAAGAAGAGGAGUUGGACGAGGUUCCCACCGCCGCAAAGCCUCACCUGAUCCGCCGGGACCUGCAGAAUGAGGAGGAGCAGCCACUGGAGGAACGUGCCACUGCGUUGCCAGGAGAACUGGCCACUUUGCUGAAACAGGUGGAGCACGAGGUUGCGCACGAAGAUGAGGAGCAGGUGCCAGAGCCAUACUUGCUGGAGCUCAGCAGCCAUGGUAUGGUUUCACAGUGGGCGCCCUUCUCCUCCUAUUUGGGCAGCGACCUGAAGCUCACCGCCCCGCUGGCCUCGCCUCCGGGUCCUCUGUUUGCGCUGCCUCCGGAUUCGGCCAAGCGGAUGCCAGAAGGCUUCAUCGCGUUGUCCGUGCAGCACCACGAGUCCGUGAGCGAUGCCACGGCCAUCUCUGUGGGGAGGUAUUUCUAUUUCGAUGCGGCGGACUAUCCCAGCUUCGAGUUCACGAGCUACCCGUGCACCUGUGAGCUUUGGCGCCACGGACGCCUUCACUGGACUGGGCAGGUGCAAUUGAGUUUGGGCUCCUAUGGCGCCGUCGACCUUGAGGAUCUCGCGUGCGCGGCCGGGCGCCGGGCACCGGCCAGCGAGUCGCGACCUGGAGACUUCGAGGUGGGGGACCUGAUCUUUGUGAUCGGCUUCCACCGGAACUGGGCCGUGUCGGUGGGAGAGCACACGCCCUUCGAGGAGAAUCUCCGUGGCUACCAGCGGAUGCUGAGAGUUGGCAAGAGCGGCGCAGCAAACAGAGAUGAACUUGGAGAUUUAGGCCUCCGAAUCCACUUGGACACGGAGGUGGAUGAGGCCGAGCUGGCGAAGGUUCGCCCCGUCGAGAAGGUCCUGGAGCCUGCUGGGCCGUUGGACCAGCGGCUUGGGGCGGCGAACUUGUCCCGUGAGAACAGUCUGGCGCUGGCGGGCCUCGAUGAGGUCGCCGAGGAAACGCUCGAGAACCGCGACGGAGACGCCGGCCCGGCGGUGGCUGCGGUGCGGAGCAGCUUCGCGUGGGCGGCCAGGAGGAAGGAGUUGCUCAGUGGCGGAUUGAAGAGCGUUCAGAACCGAUGGGAGAUCUUGAACCUUUAAGCUUUAGUAGCCAGAAGUUUCGGCCACACGUCGGACACCAGUGAGACCCCCUGCACAUGGCAUUUAGCAGACGCC